AUGGUGAGGAGGAGGAGCCGCAGCCGGGAUUGGGGGCCGCCGGCGCCGCCCGUCUGGCCGGGGGGAGGCGGCGGCAGGAGGAGGAGCGGCGGCGCCGGCUGCAGCGAGCUGGCUCGGCUGCCCCUGAACAUGGCGGCGGCGGAGGCGGCGGCUCCUCCGGCCGGCGGCGGGGGCUGCUCGCCGGCGGGGGGCAGCGGCUCCGUGCCGGUGCUCUUCUGCUUCUCGGUCUUCGCGCGGCCCUCGAGCGUGCCGCAUGGCUCCGGCUACGAGCUGCUCAUCCAGAAGUUCCUCAGCCUCUACGGGGACCAGAUCGACGUGCACCGCAAGUUCGUGGUGCAGCUCUUCGCCGAGGAGUGGAGCCAGUACAUCGACCUGCCCAAGGGCUUCCUGGUCAGCGAGCGCUGCAAGGUGCGCCUGGUGCCGCUGCAGGUCCAGAUGACUACUUUGGGCAACCUGACACCCUCAAGCACUGUGUUUUUCUGUUGUGAUAUGCAAGAACGAUUCAGACCUGCCAUCAAAUACUUUGGUGAUAUCAUCAGUGUAGGUCAACGACUGCUCCAAGGUGCACGGCUCUUAGGAAUUCCAGUUAUUGUAACUGAACAGUAUCCCAAAGGUCUUGGCAGCACCGUACAAGAAAUUGAUUUAACAGGAGCUAAACUUGUACUUCCAAAAACAAAAUUUUCAAUGGUAUUGCCAGAAGUAGAAGCAGCAUUAGCAGAGAUUCCUGGAGUCCGCAGUGUUGUCUUGUUUGGAGUAGAAACUCAUGUCUGCAUCCAGCAAACGGCAUUGGAAUUGAUUGGCAGAGGUUUGGAAGUUCAUAUUGUAGCUGAUGCCACCUCAUCAAGAAGCAUGAUGGACAGGAUGUUUGCUCUUGAGCGUCUUGCUCGUACUGGAAUUAUAGUUACUACCAGUGAGGCUAUAUUGCUGCAGCUGGUAGCUGAUAAAGAACAUCCAAAAUUCAAAGAAAUCCAAAAUCUUAUUAAGGCAAGUGCCCCUGAGUCGGGGCUCCUUUCCAAAGUUUAAAGAGGACAUGGUGGAAGAGAAUUGUGUUGUCAUCUUUAAGGAUGAAGGAAAGCUGUAAGCGCACAUGAACACAUUCUUUCACACAAACUCUGGCAGAAAUGUAAAAUUGACAUAUUUGUGCUUGCCUUAGCAAAAAUUGUUUGGUUAUACUUCUCAGUGCCGGUGUAUUCUGUUCAGUCAGAGCUGUCAAAAGCUAUCAAUACCAUAGGACCCUUUUGUUGUCAGAUCUCCUAUUUAUUAAAAAAAAAAAAAAAGGUGCCUGCUAGUCUACUCUAUACCCACUGAUUGUAACAGCUCAAAAAAGUGCAUAUUUCUGUGAAACCUCUUCAUUUUACACUUUGUAAAAAUGUAUUGUGGUAUUAUGUACUUUUGUAUUAAUAGAAGAUAACUAUGUAUUGGAUAAAUGUGAUGUGAUAAGCUCUAAUGAUCUACAUAAAUGAAACUGUUUUAAUAGAACAUAAUUUGAAAAUGAAUAAGAUGUGGACUCUGUGCAUUUUUGUUCUUUAGGGUAAAAUUUAAAUGCUUUGCUUCUUCAGUAGACAAGACUCAUAAAUAAAGCCGCAGUUGAUGUUUGAUUGCUUUAGGUAGCUGACGCCUGCAUCAUGAUUUUCGGUUAAGCUGAACUUAGCCGUACAUAUUAAACAACAAUUUUUUUUAUUGUGAUCUAUAUAAAGGAUUGGUAUAAAGUCAUUCAGAACUAGCAGAAGAUUACCAAAGGUUUAAAUAAAUUGCCAACUCUAAGCAAUUAAAGAACAAAAGCUUUUCGGCUUUUAAUACCAAAUCUAGUACUAUAUUUAGAUUUCUUUUUUUUCAUGGUUAGAUUUAAUAAUCUUAUGGCCAGGCAAGCUCUGAAACAAACCUCACCUUCUCUAGGUACAUGCAUAGUUCUGUAGACUGCAGUUGGGUGGAGGCUGAAUGGAAUCUGACUGAAAAGCAUUGUUCAGAAAAAUAGCAUCUGUAACUUGUUGAUAUAUAUAUUUUCUAUCUGGAACCAAACUUUUAACACAUGACUGUUCAUAAAGGCACUUUCUUCAUGUUCUAAUGGCUUAAAAAUAUUAUAUAAAGUUUACAGUGCAACUGUGACAUUUAUUUUUUUAAAAGAAUUCUAGAAGAUGUCAUACUGAACACUGAUCUCUUUGGUAGAAAACUAAUUACAAUACAUAUAUUGUUUUAAAUUGCUUGUUUUCCCCACAAGAUGGCUCUAAAAGAAUUGUUUCAGAGAGUUAUAACCUUUAUAUGUUCAAAGCAAAUAAAAUGUUAAUGUUUACUGUC